UUCCGGGUCACAGGUCGGAGCUGCUGUUGUUGCCGAGGGGGGAGCGGAGCGGAGGAAGGUGUGUCGUCUGUACCGAUGCACAUGCGAUGCUGCUGCAAGCAGGUUUUUCCUUGCACCUGUACCUCGCUGGACUUGCACACGCAACGACGAGCUUGAGCCACUGACCUCGCCUGUUUUCCCCCUGCGCAGGGGCCGGCCAUGGGCACCCUGGAGAGGUGGGUGAACGACCAGCUACACCAGCUGCUGGGGCUAAGUGACAAGUACGUGGCCCAGUUCCUGAUUGGCACGGCCCAGCGCAGUGGCCACCCCCAGGACUUCAUCCGGCGCCUGGAGGACACGGGCACCAUCGACGUCACGCCGAGCGUGCGGCUCUUCGCUGGCGAGCUAUGGGCCAAGAUCCCCAGGAAGCAGGCGGAGGAGAAGGCCUCCCACGUGGCCGAGCGGGAGGCCCGGGCCCUGCAGCAGAAGAACCGGACCUACAGGCUGCUGGAGGACAGCGAGGAGGAGAGCGGGCCCGAGGAGAGGCAGAGCCGAGGCAAGAGCAAGAGGAAGAGGGCUCACCUCCGGAGGAGGAGAGCGGAGUCAUCCGACAGCGAGGCCGAGGAGAGGGCGAAGAAGUCACCGUCCCCUCAGAAACAGUCAGCAUCCGAAGAGGAGGAAUGGGAGAAGGAGGAGAAGGAUCGGUUGAAAGAUCUGGAGGAACGGGACGCCUUCGCCGAGCGCAUCAAACAGCGGGACAAGGAACGGACCCGCAUUGUCCUGGAGCGCUCCGAUAAAAAGGCCUAUGAAGAAGCUCAGAAACGCCUGAAGAUGGGUGAAGAGGAUCAGAAGGCACUGAUCCCAGAGCUCCGGAAGAGAUCGCGGCGGGAAUACCUGGGCAAGCGAGAGCAGGAGAAGCUGGAGGACCUGGAGGCGGAGAUCCAGGACGACGAGUACUUGUUCUCCCCCAGCAUCCUCACCACCCGGGAGAAGCAGCAACUGGAGUACAAGAAGAAGGUGCGGGACCUGGCCCGGGAGUACAAGGCAGCUGGAGAGCAGGAGAAGCGGGAGAAAAGCAACCGCUACUACAUGCCCGAGGAGUCCCGGAACAAGAAAGUCCCGGAUCGCUAUGAGGAGCCCGCAGCGGACGACAAGCACGCGCCGCGGGACGAGCAGAAGCGCUGGGAGGAGGCGCACAUGGACGCCGCCCUGCUGAAGUUCGGCGCCAAGGAUGCCCGCGAACGCAACAAGCAGAAGGAGUACGAGUUCCUGAUGGAGGAGGACGAGAUGAUCGACUUCGUCAGCUCUGUACCCAUGCAGGGCACCAUCUCCAAGGAUGAGGCAGGCGAGGUGUCGGAGGCACAGAGGCAGAAGACGUCGCUGCAGGAGGUGAGGAGGAGCCUGCCCGUCUUCCCGUACCGGGAGGACCUCCUCACGGCCGUGGCCGAGCACCAGAUCCUCAUCAUCGAGGGCGAGACGGGCUCCGGCAAGACCACACAGAUCCCUCAGUACCUGUACGAGGAGGGCUACACGUCUGGCGGGAAAAAGAUCGGCUGCACGCAGCCCCGGCGAGUGGCGGCCAUGAGUGUCGCCGCGAGGGUGGCGCAUGAGAUCGGGGCCAAGCUGGGGAACGAGGUGGGGUACAGCAUCCGUUUUGAGGACUGCACGUCGGAGCGCACGGUGCUGAAGUACAUGACUGACGGGAUGUUGCUGCGGGAGUUCCUCACGGAGCCGGACCUGGCAGGGUACAGUGUGGUGAUCAUCGACGAAGCCCAUGAGCGCACCCUUCACACCGACAUCCUCUUCGGCCUCAUCAAGGACAUCUCGCGCUUCCGCCCCGACCUCAAGGUGCUGAUUGCCAGCGCCACGCUGGACACCGAGAAGUUCUCCACCUUCUUCGACGAUGCCCCCAUCUUCCGGAUCCCGGGGCGCCGCUUCCCCGUCGACAUUUACUAUACCAAGGCCCCGGAAGCUGACUACCUGGAAGCCUGCGUGGUUUCCGUCCUCCAGAUCCACGUCACCCAGGCUCCGGGAGACAUUCUGGUGUUCCUCACCGGUCAGGAGGAGAUCGAGACCACCUGCGAGAUGUUGCAGGAGCGCUGCCGCCGACUGGGCUCCAAGAUCGCCGAGCUGCUGGUGCUGCCUAUUUACGCCAACCUGCCCUCUGACAUGCAGGCCAAGAUCUUCGAGCCGACCCCGCCGGGUGCCAGGAAGGUUGUCAUAGCCACCAACAUCGCAGAGACCUCCCUGACGAUCGACGGGAUCAUCUACGUGAUAGACCCCGGCUUCUGUAAGCAGAAGAGCUACAAUGCACGGACGGGGAUGGAGUCCCUGAUCGUCACUCCCUGUUCCAGAGCCUCAGCCAACCAGAGAGCCGGCAGAGCGGGACGUGUGGCAGCGGGGAAGUGCUUCCGACUGUACACUGCCUGGGCCUUCAAGCACGAGAUGGAGGAAACGUCGGUACCGGAGAUACAGCGAACGAACCUGGGCAACGUGGUGCUGCUGCUGAAGAGUUUGGGAAUCAACGACUUGAUCCACUUUGAUUUCAUGGACCCCCCCCCUCACGAGACCCUGGUGCUGGCCUUGGAGCAGCUGUAUGCCCUGGGAGCCCUCAACCACCUCGGGGAGCUCACCAAGCUCGGUCGGAGGAUGGCGGAGCUCCCUGUGGACCCCAUGUUGUCCAAGAUGAUCCUGGCUUCGGAGAAGUACCAGUGCUCGGAGGAGAUCCUGACCAUUGCAGCCAUGCUGUCAGUCAAUAACGCCAUCUUCUAUCGUCCCAAGGACAAGGUGGUGCACGCGGACAACGCCCGCAUGAACUUCUUCCUGCCGGGAGGUGACCACUUGGUGCUGCUGAAUGUCUACACCCAGUGGGUGGAGAGCGGAUACUCCACCCAGUGGUGCUACGAGAACUUCAUCCAGUUCCGCUCCAUGCGCCGAGCGCGGGAUGUCCGGGAGCAGCUGGAGGGGCUGAUGGAGAGGAUCGAGGUGGAGCUGAAGUCCUCGGCCAGUGACAACGUCCUGAUCCGCAAGGCCAUCACCGCCGGCUUCUUCUACCACACUGCCCGGCUGACCCGCACGGGCUACAAGACAGUGAAGCACCAACAGUCGGUGUACGUCCACCCCAACAGCAGCCUGUUCGAGGAGCAGCCACGCUGGCUCAUCUACCACGAGCUGGUCUUCACCACCAAGGAGUUCAUGAGACAGGUGAUCGAGAUCGACAGCGGCUGGCUGCUGGAGGUCGCUCCGCAUUACUACAAGUCCAAGGAGCUGCAGGACGCGGCCAGCAAGAAGAUGCCCAAGAAACAGGGCAAGGCGCGCGAGGAGCUGGGUUGAGUGCGCCGGAGUUGCUGGGAGUUGAACCCCGUGGCACCGGGAGAGGAGGCCAGGUCCAUCCCCCACCCGGCCUCCCUCGCGCCCGGUAGGCCGCUCCCUCCCGUGCAGUCUUUGCCUUCGCCAUACGCGGUGCACAGUUGGUGAGGGGGGUGGCCUCGAACGCAGUCCCCGCCGGCAUCCCGUUCGUUCAUCCUGGUCGGUCGGUUGGACCCCGACCGCUCCCCCCCCCCCGGAGUUCCACCCCUCCCUCUCCAGCCUCCAGCCCCUCGCACUUGUGGCCAGGACACCAGACGCUAGUUCUGUCCUGAAGCACCAGGGGAGAAUUCCCAGUUGAAGCAAGGCAGGCUGCACUAGCAGUCCCAGAUCAGUCCCAGUGGCCAACACUGAUCCUCCUGUUGCAAGGACCAGUUACACCCCACUGCAGUGUGCAGUACCUUCCGACCUCUAUAUGGUUUCAAAUAAAGCUUUUAUUUUCUAAAGAGUA